AUGGAAUCACUCAUUCCAUAUAAGUUAUUUCAUUCCCUCAAAUUCAUUCCAUCUACUCCCCCUGUUUUUUUUUUCCAUUCCAUUCCCUCUCUCACCCUACGUCACAAACACCGCCCAUCACCACCACCAUCUGCCACCACCACCACUUGCCAUCGUCACCACCCGCCACCAACCUCCGCCGACCACCACCACCCACCGUCGCCGCCGCCGCCUCCACCCAUCGCCACCACCAUCAACCGCCAUCACCGACCACCGCCACCCCGACCACUACCGCCGCCCUCUGCCGACCACCACCACCCACCGUCGUUGCCACAACCACCACCUGUCGCCACCCCCAUCGCCAUCGCCCGCCACGGUAGACCACCGCCAACCCCGACCAUCGCCGCUGCCACCGCUAACAACCGUCACCCACCGACCACCGCCGCUACCACCACCACCCAUCGCUGCCACCGCCACUAG